AUGCAAAAGCUUAGAAAGCGCCUGUCCCUUAGCUUCGGUAGAUUAUCGACUAAAGACGAGUCGGACGGCGACGGGGCCGAGUGCCGCGGCGGUCGGCAGCAGAACGGCGGCGGAAGGGGCAAGCUGCCCUACAACGGCUACUCCGAGGAGUGCCUGGACAGGCUCGAGCCGAACGGGAACAUACCCCACGACAAAGACUCGCAUUAUGAGUGGAGCGGCGGCGGCGGCAACGGGGAGUACCGUGUCCGGAGGCAGCUCUCCGUCUCCUCGGACUCGAAGCUCCUAGACGAGGGGGCGCGGGAGGAGGCACGUGUGGUCAUGAGGCCCAAGCGACCGCCGAGGCCCAAGUCGGAGGCCUUCCUCGGGCCCCACGACCACAACAGUCGGCGCACGAAGCGGUUUAGUGCCUUUGGGGGUGAUUCCCCGUUCGGGAAGUCCGAAGCUUACAUGAAAUUGGAGCAACUGGGCGAAGGGUCCUACGCAACAGUCUACAAGGGAUACAGCAAUUUGACGCAGCAAGUGGUCGCCUUGAAGGAGAUCAGGCUGCAGGAGGACGAGGGCGCCCCGUUCACCGCCAUAAGGGAGGCGUCCCUCCUCAAGGAGCUGAAGCACGCGAACAUCGUCACGUUGCACGACAUCGUGCACACGCGAGAGACCUUAACGUUCGUGUUCGAAUUUGUGGACACGGAUUUAUCACAGUACAUGGAAAGGCAUCCAGGCGGUCUCAACCACCACAAUGUCAAAUUAUUUAUGUUCCAAUUGUUGCGCGGCCUCUCGUACUGUCAUCGAAGACGAAUUCUACACAGGGACGUCAAGCCGCAGAACCUCUUAAUAAGCUCCCACGGCGAACUAAAGCUGGCCGACUUUGGCCUGGCUCGGGCGAAAUCCGUUCCGAGCCACACGUACUCGCACGAGGUUGUCACGCUGUGGUACCGGCCGCCGGAUGUCCUACUGGGCAGUACGGAGUAUUCCACGUCUCUCGACAUGUGGGGCGUCGGCUGCAUAUUCGUGGAGAUGCUGUGCGGUGUGCCCACUUUCCCCGGAGUCCGGGACACCCACGACCAGCUUGAGAAAAUAUUCAAGGUGGUGGGCACGCCGACGGAGGAGAGCUGGCCGGGCGUGUCGCGGCUGCCCGGGCUGCGCGAGCACGUGGCGCGCUGGGGCACCGCGCCCGCGCGCUCGCUGGGCGCCGCGUGGCCGCGGCUGCGCGAGGCGGGCCGCGACGCCGAGCGGCUGGCCGCCGCGCUGCUGCAGCCGGAGCCCGCGCGCCGGCUGCCCGCGCACCGCGCCACGCACCACGCAUACUUCGGCGCCCUGCCCCCGCGGCUGCGCGACCUCCCGGACGAGGUAUCGAUCUUCACCGUGGAGGGUGUCUGCAUGCACCCGGAGACGCGGCACGUGGCCAUCAAG